AUCUCACUUACUGUGUCUACUCACUCAACUCACCAUCACCAUGAAGCUGAAGGUUGCUCUACUUGCACUCCCUCUAGCGUCUACUUUUGGAUUUUCACCUCGUCACGAAGGCCACGAUCACGACAGCAGCAGUGAGCAUAGCAAUGAAACCAGUGGCACUGGCCAUGACCACUCUAUGGCUCAUGGACAAUUCAACUUUACCCCCUCCGGUAUCCCCUGGCCUACUUGCGCCCGAACCUGCUGCAACGCCAACUUCCAAUACUUUCCCAAACCUGUGAACCACCCUCUCUGCGUCAGCCAGGCAUUCUACGACAACGUUACCACCUGUGUUGCGACCAACUGCACAGAGUACGAGCAGGGUGCGUAUGCCGUUGUCGCAGAGAUUGAGUGCCCUCAAGAGGAGAACCACGAGGUCGACAUUGAAAAGGAUGAUGUCAUCUCAGCCUUGAAGAAGGAGGGAGGAAACCCUCAGUCUUGCAGCGGCGUCAAUAACGAGACGAUUGAGUGUCAGAAUGCCACUACUGAAGGUCGGGGGCCUUUGGCGUAUGGACAGGGAGAGCUAUUGAUUCCUACGUUUAUCGUUGCUGGUCUGGCUAUCUUGUUGAGCAUUGGCCUCUAGUAUGGAGGGGAAGAGUGCAUGACUAUGGGUUUGGAAUUGGGAAAGAAAGAGAGCUUGCUAGCUUGAUUCGUAUUUAAUAUACAAGGUUCUCCUAAUGCUUCACACUCACUGGACCUAAUAAUAGAACUUGCUGACCCUUCACUUACCUACCUACAUCAGAGAAAUAUCUCUCAGACUGUCUGCUGGCAUUUCGACACCGCCAUCCAUAAGCCCAUGGACAUAACACUCACCCACAAACUCAUACAUCGCCGACUCUACGGGCCGCACCAGCCAAGGCAUAUCUCCGCCCACAGGAAUACACACGUGGUCGCCAUCCUGAGCCCCCUCGGGACCCAAGCCAACAAAGCCAUUCCGAUUGAUGAAGAGAACCCUACCCUUGCCCGUAGUCCCAAUGGCCCCGAAGAAGUCCUCGUCAUCCUUCUCGGCCGCCUUGUCGCGAUGAGGGUCACGACGGUGAGCCGAGUCGGCAACAAGCCCUGGGAGUAUUCUCGCCGCCUCUGCGGCGCUGACCUCGACGACCUCGCUGUUCUGCUCGUCCAAUUCUGUAGCAGGCUUUGGAUCCUCCUCGUCAACACGGUCGAACCAAGCAAAGUAUCGAUCGAGAUCCUCCUGGCUGAUCCGGUUGUCGUCAAGCGUGUCAACAAUGAUUGUCCGCCGGAAGGCGAUGCGUGUUGACUCCUCGUCUGGAUAAAAUGGCCAGUUCAUCCGCCUCAUCAUAUUUACAAAGGUGCUCUCCACAUCCCGGAGGCCCUCCUUGCUGAUGCCAACGACACUACCACAAGGACUUGCGUGGCUUAGCAUUUCGACCUGCACGGUCAAGCACUUGCCGUCCUCUGUGACCUUGAAAGACCGUUCAGCGCUAGUGGAUGGGCGGUAGACUGCUUGAGGGGAACUGAAUAGGGUCGAGAUGCGGAAAGGGUAGAACGGCAGCUCUGUACUCCAGUCCGGGGCCCAGGAUGCCAGGCCUUGGCGUCUAGACGAUGGAUCAGCCAAGCCCAUGACCUUGUACGAAUCCUUGAGAAAGUGCAGCGCCACAUUCUCGUAAACUUGAUUGACGGGCAUGCUGUAGUUUACUGAUAUUCCGUCGGCAUCACCAGUUGCCAACCCGAGCAGUCCAUAGACUUUGUCUCGAGGAUCUGUAGCAAGCCACGACCGAAACUUGUUCAUCGUCUCCAACAGGCCUACAGAAGGGUGGGUUUCCGAGUGGCGCCGCAUCCGUAAC